CUCGUAUUUUAGUGUACAGGGUGCUGCAUCUUUUAUGUCGAUAUGUAAACACUGAAUAACAUUGACGCUUGUGAACCGAUUGUCUAGAGUAGGCUAUUGCUGGAAAAGUCAUUUUUAACCAUAAAUCACUUUACACCAAAAUAACGCGCUGAAAAAGUGACGCUUUACAUUAAAAAUAGUAGGUCAGUUGUUUUAACUCAACGUACAUAUCGUCGAAAAUAUCGCGGCAAAAAGGCACCGACUGAGCGUCUUUAAAUAUCCAAUUUUGUUAAGCGUCUUUUAAUAUCCAAUUUUGUUAAGCACGGGACAAUGGGAAAUCCUCCUAAACUGAUGAAAGUGCAGAAACGCACACCGAAACGACGCUCGUUCAUAGAACGGGCACAGCGGGAAAGCGAAGAGCUGGUAAGAACGAUGGGCGGCAGCUUGGAGCUAGAGGGUGGACGUCGCACGCGAUCCAGUACUCGCGGCACACCGACACGGGCCGCUGAGACUGUUACACCGCCGCCCAACAAGAAGGCACGCGCGUCGCUGACGACAGCCACAAAGAUCGGUGGCGGCGGCGGCGCCGGGAAAGGUCGCUUUGCGCGCAAACUAGACGUGGGCAGCGAUGAGCUCGACCGGGAGCCGGAGAAAACCAACGAUGAAGAGAAGGUGGUUCUGCCGGUCAAGGCAAAGGCUAAUCCCAAGAAAGAUAAGAAGGAGGUGAAGAGAGAAGAGAAGCCAGUCAAAGGUACUCCUAAGAAGGCAGUUCCAGCCACCACCACAGAGCCCCAAAAGGAGGAGGAGCCUGCUGACGCAAAGGAAACAGAUGCCAAGACAAUCGAAAAUGAGGAUCAGACAGAUGGUGCUGCUGCCAAGCUGACAGCUGUGCCCGAGGAGCAACAGAACCACGCUGCGGAGGACAAAGCAAGCAAAGAUGAGCCCGAGGUGAAGGAGAAAACGCCAGAAGUGCCAAAGGCUGAAGACCCACCGAAAAGUAACGAUGACCCUGAAAAUGGUGCUAGUACAGACACUCCUGCCCCAGCUGCUGCCGCGGAUCCAGCUCCCGCAGCCAUGGAAGUGGAUGAAGAGAAGCCAUCAGCAGCAUCGGCAGACAAUAAAACUAAAGCCGAAAGCGCACCCGAAACUACUUCAGAGCCGCCUGCAACUACCGCAGCUGAUAAGGCAGCGGAGGAGCCAAAAAAGCUUUCGGAACCCGCCCGGGAGCCCUCACCGGAGCCCAUGGAGGUGGAUUCGAGUUCCAAGAGUAGUACAGAAACUGUUCGAUUCACACCAGCCGAAAAGGUCGUAGCAAGCUCAGAAGAAACAAAACCCAGCAAUAGUGUUGUCGAUGAAGUCGCCACUGAGGUUAAAGAGGAUGUGCCAGCCGAGCCCAAGGAGGAAAAGAAGGCAGAAUGUUCAGACGAGCUCAAAAGCACGGAAGAGCCGAAACCAGCUGAGAGCGCCGAAGAACCCAAGAAAGCCGAACAGACAACGGGGGAGAAAGCCACUACAGCUGCGUCGGUUCCUGCUCCUGUCCCUGCCACCAACGAUGUUAGCAAGACGGAACCGGCUGCGGCCGUUGAUACCACCGUCGUGUCAGAGACGCCCAUUAAGCAGGCACAGGCCAUCAGUGCAGUCAACAAAUCCGAGCUUAAUGGUGAAACAAAAAUCGUUAACAAUUCCGUCGACGUCGAUGCAGCGCCGAAGGUGUGCAAUUAGGGCGAUCGGAUGAUGGAAAUCCAAAUACUAAUCAGUGCGUUGCAGCAUCUUCCAUCUUCAGCUGGGCCGUCGACUCAGGCAAAGAUGUCGCCAACUACAAGCAAUCAUUUAAGAGUUAACAACACACCCACAGAUACACAGAUUCCAUUCUCUCCACACAACUGAAAACUAAAUUCGUUCUGCACCCGACAAAAUUAAAAUGAUAUCAAUAGGUUCGUGUCUUCCAGUUUUUGGUUGAUUAAUGAUAAGGAGCGCCAUAAGAUGCAAUCGAUGCUGGAUUUUCAAUGUUGCACUGUGUGCGCCACAGAUAGACAGACCACCUAAACCACCGCUGUGCCCCGACACUCUCUUCCCUUUCCCCGCACCUGCACACACGAAAAUACACAGAUUGUGAAAUGCAUCUUAAAUAUAAUAUGUAUGUGUAUAAUUAAUUCAAUUGGAAUCAAACAAAAGAUGAAUACAUUGACACGAAAAUGUAUGUAAACUAUAGAUGGACGUUUUUAAAUUGUAAGAUUUAAUACCUGUAAUAAUAAUGCAAGACUAAUUAUAAAAAAAGCAAUUUGGACACCACUCAAACAAAAAUCAACUUAAAUGGAAAUGAAAUGAUUUUAACUUACCUUAACGCAAUACAAACAGCUCUGCGGCUAUUAAGAUUAUGACUCUAUAAAUAUGUAUACCUAUUAAUUUUUUUUGUUGGGUAUCUUCCCACCCCCCUACCUACCCCUACCCAUGAUAUGCUUGUUUUAUUUGAAGCAUUUAGUUUUUCUAUACAUGUUUAACCAUUGUAACCUGAACAGAAACAUAAUUGAUUUCUAAACCGAAUAAUGUGCAUGGUGGGAUGUCCGCUGGGAACAGUUGUGGUAUCCUUACGAUCACUCUUAAAUGAAUUCGUAAUUAAAUAUA